AUGAAGGAAUCACGAGUUGUGAUUAUGGGAGGCGGAGGCGUUGGAAAGUCGGCUUUGACUGUACAGUUCGUGCGGAACGUUUUUGUCAGCACGUACGAUCCAACCAUAGAAGAUACCUACCGAAAGCUGCUCGUCAUAGAUGGUCAACAAUGCAUGGUCGAGAUUCUCGAUACAGCUGGAACCGAACAAUUCCUUGCACUCAAGGAACUCUACAUCAAGUCGGGUCAAGGCUUCAUCCUCGUCUUUUCGCUCACAUCCCUAGCUAGCGUCAACGAGCUCGGCCCGCUACGAGAGGCCAUUGUGCGCAUCAAGGACACAACAGCGAUCCCCAUUGUGCUGGUAGGCAACAAGGCGGAUCUGCGAGCAGAUCGGCAGGUGCCUCGAGAGGUAGGCACCAGCCUAUCUAAAGCGUGGGGUAACGUCCCGUACUACGAAGCAUCGGCUCGCAAACGCAUCAACGUCGACGAGGUCUUUGCUGACGCGGUGCGGCAGAUUCGAGCGUUUGAUGCAAUCAAUGGCAAGCCGAGCAACGGGCAUAGCGUCAGGCACACCUUCGCGUCAACCGGGUCCGUCAACAGCACAAAGGAUGCUAAGAUGGCAGCAAACACUUUCGGCGCAGCCUCGCGGUCGCGCGAUCGCAAAAAAUGCGUCAUCAUGUAA